AUGCGCGCGAGGCGAAGACGAAAACGCCCCUGGGGACAGAGACGGAGUGUCGACCUCCGGAUAUUCUCUCAACAACGCCGAGCGUCAGCCGGAGAGCUUAAAUCGAAGCCUGGGAUCUGCGUGACGCGUCUUUUUUACGACUCGUCGAAUAUCGAGGGACAAUACCGUGGCACCAGCAGCACCAGGAAACGACACUGCGGCGGCACGUCGAGGGAGAACCUGCGACCAGCGAACACCUUCAGGACGUCGAGCGACUUGAGCGGCGACCAUGGGAAUUUAAGACUCGACUUCCUGGCAGACGGAGGUGCCGAUUUCGAGCAUGCAAUCACCAUAACAGGUUUUGGGAAAUUCCAUUAUAUGCUGCUGACGAUCUGCGGGUUGAUCUACAUGGACACGGCCAUCGGCGUGACGAUACUUUCGUUCGUCCUCCCGGCGGCACAAUGCGACCUAGAGAUGGACUCCAGCGCGAAGGGCUGGCUGACGGCCUCCCCGAUGCUAGGUAUGGUGAUUGGGUCGUAUAUAUGGGGAUGCCUGGCUGACACGAAGGGUAGGAAGAUCGUAUUAAUAGCUACUCUGCUGAUGGACGGCAUCGUGGGCAUCUUGUCAUCGUUCGUCCAAUACUUUUGGGUGUUCCUGCUCUUCCGGUUCUUCAACGGCUUCGCUGUGACCGGCGCUAUGGGUAUCUGCUUCCCGUAUCUCGGCGAGUUCCAACCAACGAAAUACCGCGAACGUUGUCUCUGUUGGAUGGAGAUGUUCUGGACGGUCGGUGUGAUAGUCUUACCACUCAUCGCCUGGCUGAUCAUACCGCUGAACUUCAUGUACGUGAGCAACAUGUUCUACUUCAAGACCUGGAAUCUUUUCGUGGCGCUCUGCGCCCUGCCGUCGCUCAUGCUCGGCCUUUGGCUGUUCGCCUUCCCGGAGAGCCCGAAGUUUCUUCUGGAGUGCGGCGAGACCGAGGCUGCCCUCGAGGUGUUCAAGUGGAUCUACUCGCAAAACACCGGCGCUGAUCCCGAUACGUAUCCGGUGAAAUGUCUGCAAGAAAAGACAAAGGACAAAAGCACUAGGUCGUUAAAACUGCACAAACGGAAGGACCUUAAGGUCCUCUUCGCGGAGAUACGGGAUCUGACGAGCGCGCUCUGCAAGCCGCCCUAUUUACGCAACACUGUGCUCGCCUGCGCCAUCCAGUUCGGACUUACCAGCAGCUACUACACUCUGAUGGUCUGGUUCCCGGAAUUGUUUACCAGGUUCGAAGAGUUCGAGCUUGUGAAUCCGGGCGAGACCACGUCGGUAUGUAUCGUGUCCGCCUUGUCAAACAACGCCACCCUCGUCGAUCCUUACGGCUGUGAUAUGACGAUAGCACCGUCCGUUUAUUUGCACACCGUGUACAUCGGGCUCGCGUGUAUCCCCGGUUCCAUCAUCCUGCCCCUCUUCGUGCACAAAUUGGGAGCAAAGUUCUUCCUCAUCGUGUCGCUGGUAGUCUCGGGUGCGGUGACAGUGGGUUUUUAUUAUGUGGUGAACUCGACGCAGAACCUGUGGCUCUCGUGCGUGUUCGAGGCGCUCACGUCCCUCGGGAUCUCUCUAGUUUAUUGCGUGAUCGUCGACAUGUUCCCGACGAAUCUCAGGGUGAUGGCCGCGGCCUUAUCGUUGACGAUGGGUCGCCUGGGAGCCUUGGUCGGCAACCUGGUGUUCGGUUAUCUGAUCGACUUGGCCUGCGUAAUUCCUAUCGUGCUGUUCGCCGCGUUUCUGUUCGCGUGUGGUUUCAUGUCGUUCCUGUUACCAAGAACUGGAAAAGAAACGUUGGAGUAACGGGAAAAAGGAGGAGAAGAAAAAGAGGCCAUUCCGCUUUCCUUCGUUCAAACAACGUUCGGUGAA